CGCAUGCACGUUACACGAUCUUACACGGACGCGCGCUCCACUCUCACUAAAGAGCUAAGGAGGUGGGAGGACUCCCUGUCCGUUGGACGAGUGGAAGAAAAAAAAAAACGGCGUCUGAAACUCGUCACAAGGCAACGUCGACGCACCGCUGGGGAAUAAUGACACUUAAUUAUUGAUUUCCCAAAAAGAAAUAAAAGAAUUAAAAGAAGAAGAAGGGGAAGGAGGACAGGAGAACGACGCAGAGGCGAAGAAUCGGAGCGGUGCCAUGUCGCCACUCGUAGUUACAGGUUGCUAGCGCAGUUAGCCACCUAGCCGCGGUUAGCUAGCCCUCCGUAAGCGACCAACUUUUCAGCGUUUCCCAAGCAAGCUCAGUCCGGCAAAAUGUGCUAUUUCCCGGGAUGUUUAUCCGCUUGGCCGGGGGCUAGCAUCGGCUGAGUGUCUCAUCUCCCUCCUCGUGUUUUUUUCCCCCUGCUGCACUUUUAGGGGCGGUUUGACGAAAAGUGGACUUUGCCCCACGGCUGGUGUAGUGUUAACCCCUUCCAAAGGCCCCCAUUGAUUCUACCAUUGGGAGUAUUCGAAAACUGUUUUUCUAAAGAAGACAAAGUUGGAUUCACGUUCCCCUUUUUUUUUUGCCCGUGUGGAAAAUGGAUGCGGGCAUAGAGAAGGAAUGCAGCGCCUUGGGAGGUCUCUUCCAGCUCAUCAUGAACGACAUGAAGGCCAGCUAUCCCACGUGGGAGGACUUUGCCAGCAAGGGAGUCAAACUUCAGUCGCAGCUCAGGACCACCAUCCUGGUGACGGGUGCCUUCCUGGAUGCUUUUCAGAAGGUUGCGGACAUGGCGAUGGGCUCCAGAGGUGCCACCAAGGAGAUCGGCUCGGCGCUAACCAGGAUGUGUAUGAGACACCGCAGCAUUGAAUCCAAACUCAAGCUUUUCACCACAGCACUGUCAGAAAGUCUCAUCACACCGUUGGAGUUGAAGAUGGACGAGUGGAAGAAAGUGGCCACUCAGCUGGACAAAGAUCACGGCAAAGAGUAUAAAAAGGCGAGGGCAGAUAUUAAGAAAAAGUCAUCGGAUACUGUCAAACUGCAGAAGAAGGUCAAAAAAGGCAAGGAUGCUGUGCGCGGGCAGCUGGACAGCGCACUGCAGGACGUCAACGUGCGCUACGCCGUCCUGGAGGAGACUGAGAAGAGGGCCGUGUGCCGGGCGCUCAUUGAGGAGCGGGCGCGCUACUGCACCUUUGUCACCAUGCUGAAGCCAGUGCUGGACCACGAGAUCAACGUGCUGGGUGAGGUGACCCACCUGCAGACCAUCCUGGACGAUCUCACCCUACUGACAGCCGAGCCCAACAAACUGCCACCGGCCAGCGAACAGGUGAUUUUGGACCUUAAAGGUUCUGACUUCAGCUAUACCUACCAGACACCGCCGGCCUCUCCCAGCAACACGCUGUCCAGGAAGAGCAGCGUCAGCAGCUACCAGUCUGGGUCGGUGCGGCACGUCCCUUCCUUGGACUCUAUCAGCUGUGCUGUGGACGGCGUGCACAUCCAGGAUGCAGUGGGCUCCACCAAUCAGCUGGCUUCUGCCGGCCUGAGUGGCGAGAACGGCCUCCUGGCGCCUCCUCACAGCGAGAGGGCCCGCGCUAUGUCUACGUCUGGCCAGUCGUGUUCUGCCCGGGAUCAGCUGGCCCUGACUCUGGGUGCCUUGACGGCGGAUGCACCGCGUAGCAGCCGUGACUCACUGCACUGCUCCAGCGGCUACAGCACGCAGACCACCACGCCGUCCUGCUCCGAGGACACUAUUCACACGCACGCUGUAAAGAGAGAGCCUCCCCUCUAUGUUGACUACGAGUCAAUUUCCCUGCACGGGGACAGCGACUCCAUCUCCCUGCACCACCUGUCGCACGGCGGCAGCGGGGGCGGCGCCGCCCAGUCAGACUUCGACAAGUCCUCCACCAUCCCCAGGAACUCUGACUUGGGCCUACAGUACCGGAAGUUUGCCCAGUCCAAACGUCCCGCCUCCACCGUCAGCCUGCUGGCCGAGACGGAGCUGACGGGCGGCUCGCACACGGCCACCAUCCGGCGCAAGCCGUCUACCAAGCCCGCGUACCGACGGGGCACCAUCAGCGGCGGCGUGCCCAUCCCCAUCUGCACGCCGCAGGUCCCGGCGGGGGCGACGACCCGGGGCAGCGACGAGAAUGUGUUCUCCGCGACCUCAGGAGGAGGUUUCGGUUACAAUAAACUCUUCGCUUCCACGCAGAGCCUCAGCGCUCUGCCGCUGUCCUCCACCUCAUCAUCCUCGUAUUCGCCAUACUAUCAGCUGGUGCCUGGUCAGAUGCCCAUCCCGGUGCCGGUGCUCACCGUUCCGCCAGAAGGUGCCGUUGCCAAGCAGCAGCAUCUGCAACAGCUCAACCAUCAGGCGCAAAUGCAGCAGCAGCAGCAGCAGCAUCUGCAACAGCUCAACCACCAGGCGCAAAUGCAGCAGCAGCAGCAGCAUCUGCAACAGCUCAACCACCAGGCGCAAAUGCAGCAGUUUCACUACGAGCAACAGUUUCAGAAACAGAACCGGCCCCAGAUCAACAGUCAGGUUCAGUUCCAGGCCCGAGUCCAGUUUCAAAACCAGCAGCACAGACAGAAGCUCUUCCAGCAGCAGAAGCCCCAGCUUCAGGCCUCCCAUGCCCAGCGAGAGGACUCCAUCCCAGGCUACUUGACUCAGGAGCAGAACUCACUGCUCUCCAGCCGGGACCAGGACCUGGACCAAGAUCUGGACGUCCCGAUGCAAGCGAGGGGGGACAUGGACAUGCUGAAGCUGAUCAAGGGUGUGAAGCUCAAAAGGACCCUGACCAACGACCGCUCGGCCCCCCUGCUUCCCCCGCCCGUCAAUCACAAUUGAGACGUUGCUUGCCUGAUUUGGGCCUAUUUUCUUUCUGCCUUUUGUUUCACUUGACGGUUCUCCUUUUUGACCAGGACAUGGAAAUCUUGUUAGUUAGUCGGCUGGCAAAGUCACAGCAAAUUUCUCGAACGUUAUCUGUAAAUGUCCACAAGGAGUGAAGCUUUGGCAUUCAGCUCCCCAAUUUCACAUGCGAGGGCAGUACCUAAUUUUCGUUUGUCGAUGUUAAGAGUUGGUCACUCUUAUUUUGGCUUGCACAAUGCAAAAAAAAAAAGCUUUAAGUUCUUUUUUAAGAGCCAACUUAUUUUUUUUUUAAAUCUUUAACAGUCAUUUACUUGAACCCUGUGAAUUCAUAUGGAAAGUUCAACUUGGAAAAAAAAUCCUGGAAUUUUGGAGUCUAUUAGUUAGUGAGGGGUCACUUCCUGCUUGCAAGAAUUCUGGCUGUCUGACCUGGGUGCGCUUGAUGCGCUUCUCCCAAUUGGCUCAGCUUUCUUUAGAUAACCGCCAUGAAUGACACUUGGGCCUACUUUAGUCGCUUGUAUUUUCAAAUCCAUUUUCUUUUAUUUUUCAAUGCUGAUCUUUCCAACAGUAAUUCAAUGUUGACUGAACAUGAGGACUGCGAAUAAGUUGGAGGAGAAGGAGCUGAGUCAGCGGAACAGAAUCCUCCCAGUUGAGCUGUAGUGCUUAAUUUUUGAAGUGUAGUUUUAUUCUUUGUGGACUUUCAUAGCGGGGCUAUGAGGAGGAAAGCUCAAAAUGUUCCCGUUGCUUUACUCUUUUUGGCCGCAUGAUGGUGCUCUUUGCUUUUGGGAUCGAGUUCAGGGUUAGAGAAGCUUUUAUUCAGUCCAUGCAACAAUUCUAUGAAAAAAAAAAAGUUCCUUUGAGGUGUUUUAGAAUACUCGUUGUUUUUAAUUUAGUAUAAGAAAGUCAAAAUGGUAAAAAAAAAAGAUUUUUUUGUGUGCCUCUUAUAUGCUGUGCAGGUUUGGCGAAUUGACUUUUAGUCUUUGUUGGACGUUCAAGUUUUGAUUUCUGCUCUGGCCGGUGGUCGCCACGGUUACAGCUCAAAUGGCUUUCGCUUGUUCUGUCUGGGUGUACAUAUUCUUUUAGAAAUAUCUGUACAUGCAUAUUGUAUUUUUCUGCAUCGGCUCCGUCAGGUAUGAUGGCGACGUGCUAUUUUUGUAGAAGAUCCUUAAAAUGUCCUAGCAAGGGCACCAACUAAUAGAAUGUACUUUUUUGGUUAUCUUUUUUUUUUUCCUUCCUCUCUAGUGCCGUCACGCUCCUCGCGUGUCAUCACAUCAUAAUUAUAUUGAGAGUGCUCAUCCAAAAAAAUACUGCUGUCUUUUUUUCAUCCUCACUUGUCCGUGUAUUUGUGUGCAGCGGAGAUGUGCUUCAUAAAUCACGUAAAUCGUUAAAUGCUAGAGAUGAAUAGUAAAAUAAUUGAGGCACAAUGGAGGUCGCCGCUUGUGUUUGCUGUCCAAAGAAAUCCAAUAUGAUGUCAGAGGAUCAAUGGAGGGCCGUUGCUGAAGAAAGAGGAGUUAAGAACUUUCAUUGUUGAGGCUUGAUUUGGAAAAAGGUGUCCAUUCUUGUUCACUUUAUUUUUUAUAAGUGCAUAGCAAACAUGAUUAAAAGCUAGAAAAUGCUACUUGUUACAAGUAUACGUCUAAUUUUUGGAAUGAUGAAACACCCGUGUGUUUUUGAAUUGAAAUUGAAAACAAAGGCCUCAAUAUUGUAAUUAGGUUGUGUAUUGAAUUAUUUCUGGAGGUUUUGGUUGAUGAUUAAACAUGGAGCGGGUCACGCUGCCCCAUGAAUAUUUGAAACAAACACAA